CUGAUUUAAGUACUGAGACUACUGAUCGUCAAGUAGCGACAUGGGCGCCAUCUUGCUAACAAAGGAUAAACGGUGGACCUGAAAUAGUGGGCUGAAGCGUUACAUUUAUAUACCGUUAUAGCCACGCUUGUGGUUGUCAUCGUUGUCUCCAUGGUGUUUUCAAAGAGCCAUUACUUUUGUUCAGAAACAUAACAUACCGAGUUCAGUGAUAUCUGUGACACCCUGUGAAGUAAUGCCUUCAAUACGUCGUCUCUCCAGCCUCUUUGGGGCCUCCCGGAAUGGUACCCCCGCAAAAGUCGACGAAGCUCCUCAGACUCUCGAGACGGAAGAGAAAUGGGUUCUGGAAGAUCGUUCCGCUGAUGAAUACCGACCUUUGCGGGUUAUUGUCAUGGGUGCAGGCAUUUCAGGAAUCUUGUCCAUCAUCAGACUGACCCAGCGAAUUCCAAAUCUGGACCUGUGUGUCUAUGAGAAGAACGCUGAUGUUGGCGGCACCUGGUAUGAAAACAGGUAUCCCGGUUGUGCAUGCGAUAUUCCUGCACAUACGUACCAAGCCACUUUUGCACCCAAUGUGGAAUGGUCGCAGUUCUAUGCAUCUUCGAAGGAAAUUCACCGAUACUGGAAGGGCAUUGCCCGAAAGUACGGCUGCAUGAAGUACAUCAAAUUGAAACAGAAAGUGGUGGACGCGCGUUGGGACGACGAAAAGUCGAAAUGGAUAAUUCAGGUCGAGGACGUCGAGUCUGGGUCCAGAACGCGGGAUUCCUGUGACGUUCUUAUUUCCGGCACCGGUGCUCUGAAUGACUGGAAAUGGCCGAAGAUUCCCGGGUUGCAUGAUUUCAAAGGCAAGCUGAUGCACAGUGCGAAGUGGGACGAGGGCUACGAUUAUAAGGGGAAGAGAGUGGCCGUAAUAGGCAAUGGAUCGAGUGGUAUCCAAAUUGUUCCUGCUAUGCUUCCCGAUGUGACACACAUCGAUCACUAUAUCCGCGGAAGAACAUGGGUGUCCCCAACAUUUGCGCGCGACCAAAUCGACAAGAGAGGCUCCAAUCUAGAGAAUUUCUCUUUCACUGCCGAAGAAAUCGAGACAUUCAAGAAGAGACCGGAAGUCUAUCAAAAAUUUCGGAAAGAGAUCGAGCUGGAACUCCAAUCCGUCCAUGGCGUGACAAUAAAUGGCACGGCCGAGCAGCUCGGGGCCCGGGAGGCCUUUCUACAGAAUAUGAAGCGACGAUUGUCGAAGAAGCCAGAGCUUCUAGACGAGAUGCUGCCAUCGUUCCCUCCUGGCUGCCGCAGGCUCACGCCUGGGCCUGGCUACCUGGAGGCUCUUACAGACGAUAAAGUCGACGUCAUAACUUCAGAAAUCGUCAAGGUUGAUGAGACCGGCAUCACCACUGCGGACGGAAAACAUCGUCCCAUAGACGUCCUGGUGUGCGCGACAGGGUUCGACACAACCUUCACCCCGCGUUUUCCGAUGGUUGGACGGAAUGGCAUCUCGCUUGCUGAUAAGUGGAAGAAAAUCCCCGAGACGUACCUUGCUUUGGCUACGGAUGACUUCCCGAACUACUUUAUCUCUUUGGGCCCAAAUGCAGGAUUAGGAGAUGGCAGUCUGCUACUUGUUAUAGAAAAGGAGAUAGACUACUUCACAGAAUGUGUCGCCAAGAUGCAGCGUGACAACAUCCGAGCCAUGACUCCCCGAAGAGAAGCAGUCGAGCGCUUCACCACGUAUUGCGAUAAUUACUUCUCUCGGACCGUAUUCGCCAAUAAGUGUCGAAGCUGGUACAAAGGUGGAACCGAGGACGGACGAAUCAAUGCCUUGUGGCCAGGAUCCUCACUACAUGCCAUGAAGAUCCUGGCUCAUCCACGCUGGGAGGACUUUGAAUACCAAUACGUCAACAAUAACCCUAACGGUUGGAUCGGCGAUGGUUGGACGCAGGCCGAGAAAGAUAAGACCGUUGACGUUGAUUACUUGGACGACGAUAAGAUUGAUUUCCCAGUACCAGUUGCCCAAGAUGAUGCCCCUGUUGAACACACGAAUGGGGUGUUAGGGACGAAUGGCGUCCACUAAUUUCAUGGCUGGCUUUCGUUCUAUCUCAUGAACACGUCGAAAUUCAAAUUUCGCUUGCAUAUAUCC